AAUUCGUAAAGCCCUAGCUUCGAGAGGUGAAAAUCCCAACGAAAUUGCGCUUAACUUGCCAUGGAAUCCAAGGAGGAUCCUAACGCCGAUGGCCACCGCCACAACACGGCGACGGAAAAUUCGGACACCAUAGCUCGGCAGAAGAAGCGGGCGCGCAGAGUGAGCUUUGCUGAGAUGACGUCGGUUCACUUCUUCGACCGCGACGAAGAGCUUAAUGAGACUCCCUCAACGGGAACUGCAAAAAUUGGUGACGACUCGGCUGGUGAAUUAGGCUCUGGCGGGGAAUCGGAGCGUAGUAAGGGGUUUGGAGGGGAGGAUGAUGGCGAUGAUAAUGUUGAUGAUGAGAUGAUGCAAAUGCGGAGUUCGUUUUUGCGUCCGGUUGGGUCCCCUUCUCCAGGAGGGAGCACCUUUGGUUCUGCCUCCUCGAACGAUGAAGAUAAUUUUUUUGGCCCUGUGUCGGCCAAUUUUAUAAGGCCCGGCCGGUUGUUGGACUCUGCAGCUUCUGAUGAUAAUCACGAUGUUACAAUGGAUUCAACAGCUUUUUCCAUGCAUUACCGCAGUCUUGCUCUAUCAGAUUCAGGAGUAGACUUGAAGACACCAACAGGGGGUCAACUCUUCUUUGAAGAGAAAACACCAACAAAUGCAAAUAUAGGAAGCUCCAUGGUUUUCACUUUAGGUAAAAAGCCUAUUCCCAAAUCUUGUAUGCCUGUCACAGAAGUAAAUGAUAGCCACAACUCCAACGAUAUGAGUCUUGUUGGGGAAAACCCUAACAAGUAUAACUAUGAUAAACUAUCACCAGGAUUGGAUGCACUCCUUGCAGAGAGCAGUAAAAAUCUUCUUUCUGUCAGUAUAUCUGAUGAUGUCAUUACUUCAGCAUCACCUAAAAGAAAGGAAAGUUUGGUUUUGCCAUCAGUUGAUCAUGGGGUUGACCUUGUAAAUCCAAGUGACUGUAUAAGGAAAGAAAUCAGUGGGAUUAAUUCCCGCAAUGUCCUGAAUGGGGAAGAAUCUACUCCUUGCAGAGUAUUUGGUGAGGCAAACGGUCCUCACAGAACCUUUCACAGUGGUCUUUCUCCUAAAACAUUUUCAUCAAGUACAUUGGGUGCUGCAGCUUCCAACACAGAUAAUUAUAAACCAAAUAUGUCACCAGACCAGUUGAGUAAAGAUGAAUCUGAAACCGCUUUGGUGCUAUUUACAUCUUCUCCUGUCAAACAACCCCAACUUCUUCUGACGACUGCCUCUCCAUCUCAACUUUUGGGAGCAACCUCUCCUUUGCUUGCAAAACCUGUUUUUUUGCUCAGAAAUGAUAGCGUAGAACAUCAUGAAACCCAGACCUCUAUUCAGAAAAGCAUUUCCAAACUGGAAUUACUUGAGAAAUCUGGGUUCUCUUCUAGUUUCAGUGCUAAAGUUGACAAUUCCACUAUCAAGUCGCUGGAUUUCUUAAAAUCCCCUAAUUUUGAUGCUUUUCUGGAAAAGAAACGUCAUAUUUCUAGAAUGAAUUUUGAAGAUUCAGUUACUGAAAAAAAACUUGCUAGUGUUGAUCAGAGUAAAGAGAGGAGUUAUGCUUUCAGCAUGAAUCGGACCAGGGCUGAGACUCUGAAUCAUAUCAGUGGUGAAAAUCAUUUGGAAGAACAUCUGGACCAAAUAAUGAGUGGAAAAUUGCCGAAUGAGUUGAGUGCCAAAAAUCUCUCCGCAGAUCAAUCAAAAUAUAAGCGAGCUUCACCCUCUAAGAUUUGGUCUGGGAAUAAAUUGAUGCGUAGUUUGUUUAGUCCGAAACAUUCAAAUGAAGAUGCAGUAAUGACUGAAACUGAGUCUUUAUUGGCUGAUAUUGCUUCAGGUGACGGAGUAAAAAUUCUUAGUGCUCAGUUUGUUUCUUCUCCUGGUAGAUUGCUGGAGAAGAAAUUAUCAACUACACUAGGUCUUCAAUCCAGUCAAUCUAAAGAUUUAGUGCUACAAAGUCAGUUCAAGCAAAGUUCAGACUCUGACAAAGACCGAGAUUCAACUCCAGAGGGAAAUCUCACCGAUGGUAACCUCUCAACUUCAAAUGCUAAUAGAGCUGCUGUAUCCAAUGGAAUGGAUGGAGAGUUAGGCUCACCUUUUGUUGAAGUCAACCACCUCAAAAACUUGGUUGAAGUAAGAUCAACUGAUAAUGGAGAAGUUGAUAUUUAUAACAGGAACGGAACAUUUGGAAACAUUGACGACUUUAUUACUCCUGCUAAGAACAAAUACCAGGUCAAGCAUUCCAAAAUUCUGGAUGUGGGUAACCAAACUAGCAGGGAAAGCUCCAGGUUUGAGGAUGACCUCCCUGGUGGAGAAUUCGGAGUCAUAUCUCAUGGUUCUGUUUCUCCAUCUGCCUAUAAGAAUCUUGAAGAGCCAACACUGCAAAAGAAUCUGAGGGGGUUCCCUACAGCAAUCCCCUCAAGGAAAGAGAUCGGGAAUACACAGUCCCCCAUAAUACCUUCUCCAAGGACCAUUCAGCUGAGUGGCAGACUGGAAAAAUUUUCUGGAAACAAGAGAAGUAUAGAAUUAUUGCUGAGGGACACGCAACAUAGAACCGAAAUGGCCAUAAUGCAGAGGAGCCCCAAGCUUCAGAAAGGUGGAAAUGUUGAUACAGAGAGACAGUUGUCUCCGAACGAAGGUAGAUCAACACUGUCUGGCAAUGAAAGGAAGAAGUGGACUGAUAUAUACUCUACAUUCUCAGAGGAUAUGAAAAAAAUUAUUUCUGCAUCAGCUGAUAAGCUUAAUAAUAAGAUGAUUGAUGUACUUGGAGAUAUAUUUAUUCACCAGCAGAGAUCAAAAAUAUAUGAGAUGCUUCACCUUGGAGUCAUGCCCCAGAAUGCAGUUGUUCUUCAUGAUCCCCAGCUCGGAAAGAUAGCUGAAGUAAACUCACUGCUGCUUCGAGUUGUGUAUGAAAAGGCAAAAUUGCAGCUGAAGAAUGUACAGAGGGAGAAACUGUUGAAAAGGUUACAGAUACUGAGCUCCAGUGCUCAGGAGUCACUAAUUUUGAGAGAAAAUAUUCUGUCAAAUCCACUGGGGACUCACAGUACCAAUGUCCUAGUUGAUGGUGUUGGUGAUCGGUCAUUGUCUGUCAGUUUGAAGGAUGGACAUGAGGUUUGCCAUGAAAAAUUGACGGCAAUGCGGCAUGCCUUAGAAGCUUUAGAUAGAAAGAUUUUGACCUUGAAGGGAACUUUUCAUGCAUGCUGCAAGUUGAAAGCUGAACAAAGCUGUGACGACACAAUUGCUUUAGUUAAUGAGCAAUUGAUAAAGAGGGCUUCUUGCAGGUUCAUUCGACUGGAUAUGCAGAUGUGGGUGGUCCAUAGCGUAGGCAGUGUGAAUGGUCAGCACAACAUUGUUCUCAACUACCUUGACUUCAUUUUUCAGAGCAUAAAAGUCAUUGUUGGUCCUACAUCAAGUGCUGCAACUUCAUUUAAACUGAAUGAGGCAAACAUUAUAAAGAAUUUCCCAAAUUUGGAUGCUUGCACAGCAUUUACAUUUGUGUUUAAUGCUGAGAGAGCUCGGAAAUAUGUUGGUGCUAAAACUUUGGUGCAGGAAACGCAAGUAACCAGUUCUCUUCUGGGUACCUUGCUAGAUGUGGUUGAGGAGGUACAGUUAGCCCAGAUGGAGUUGCAAAACCUGACCCAGUCUAACUUUUCUUCGCCUUCUGAUGGACAGCUCAAUCUGAUGCUUUCUUACUUUAAUUUUAAUUCCGGGAGAAAGGUGAUCCUCACACUUGACAUGUCUUGCUUGAAACGUGGAAUCUAUCCUUCAGAUGUUCUUCCACUUCAAUUGCCAGAGCCUGUGAACAGCCAAAAAUGUUUAUUGUCUGGGCGAACCAUUGAUGAAAUUAGUGAUGCAGUUAAGGGGGUUAGAAGUGGAUACAUGAGGAUUCUACGGCUCUGCAGGUGCAUCUCCCAGGUGAUUUGAGCUUCAACUUCAUAACAUAUAUCACCUGCAUGAGAACUGUUGAAUCCCAUUUGGAGAAAAUGUCUCCUGAAUCGCUUGGCAUCGACAAACAAUAUCAUACUUCUACGUAGUUCCAUCAGUGAAUUUUCAACUAGCUUUCAAGAAGAGAAUGCAUGUCAAACACAACAGCAAAUUACUAGUUUGCUAGAUUUGUUUGGUUUAAAAGUUUUCUGGGUGGAUGGGAAAGUAUUCUGCAUGAUUCCUCGAGGACAACAGCUUUGGUAUGAAAAAUUUUGAUUCUCAAGCAAAUUACUUCUUGUUGUCCUGUUAUGUUAGCCUAUUGGUCCAGUGUGGUUGCUGAGGUAUGAGGAUGUGUUUGAAUCGAACAAUUCCGAGGUUAAGAAUUCUGGAUAAUUUUGCAUGAUUAUGAGUUUCAAAUCCUUCAAUAAUCAAUUUGAGAUUGCUUUUUUAGUCUAUUAUAAUGGCUCUGAAAUCCACUCAAAAGUCACUGAAAUUUGUACAUAUUAGAAUUUGGAAUACGCGGGUCAGACAUUGGGUAGACCUGAAUUCAAAUAGAACGGCACUGAUCAUUGCUGUUUGGACAUUUGCUUGUCCAGCCCUAUAUCCACAUCAAUAUUGGUUUUGUUCUCAACAACCCCCCAAAAUAUAGUAACGUAAUAGAAGAAUCAAGUCUCUUCCACACUGAUAAUGAUGACUGAGCAAAGAUACCCAGGAUGAGGACUUAACAUUGUCAAAUGCCAAAUCUUCAAAUAAUAGUCCAUGGGUUAAAGCAAUUUACCUCGAGAAAGGGCAUAUUGUACCAGGGUAGAAAAAUGUAUGCUACCUCAACACUUAAAUUAUAAUGUAAUCAUAAUUCUUAUUUGGUAUAAUUGCCCCUAUAGAUUUCUUGAUGUUUUAUCAUAUUACAUUGUAUUGUACUCUUCAUUUUUAAAAAGAAUUAUAUGCAAGCUCUCUACCAUCGCUAUACGUAUAUCUAGAAGAGAAUGUCAGAAUGGAACUGCAGCGAGAGAGAAGAGAUGAAUUGCACAUGAUGCGUGUGCAUGACAUUUGGCUCAAACAUGA